AUGACUACGGACGACAAUUCCCAAUUUCCUUAUUCACUAACGAUCUCUGUUCCCCUCCCAACCCAUCGUCUUGCUUCUUCCGCCCUUCGUGCUCUCCAAGUCGAUGCGGAGCUAUCUCCUUUCGUCAGACGGAACCUUGCACUGACCGUCCCGCCGGGUAAGAUUGCUGAUUCCAAUACCGAGUCAGCAGAAGAAAUGAAGACGGUGCUCGAGACCACAUACCAAGCGACAACAAAUCGAAUGCUGAGGGUGGCUGUGAACGGUUUUAUGGAGAGCUUGGGUGUCGUGUUGGGAGUCAUGGAGGAGCUGGAUGUCGACGUUCUAAAGGAGGAACUGGGACGGUGA